AUGUCAAACUUGACUUACAAGUGUUUGAUGGAAACACACAAGUUGACUGUGUCAAAUUUCACGGAUUGGCUCCGUUGUUUGCGCUUGGUGCUAAGGCAUGACAAAAUUGAUUAUGUCUUGGACAAACCAAUUGGUGUCGUUCCCAGUAAGGAAUCCUCUGAGUUUGCUACGUUUGACGCUGCUGCUUAUGAGAAACAUGUUGAAAAUGCAAAUGAUGCUCAGUGCAUCAUGCUGUCAUCCAUGAGUUUGGAACUUCAAAGACAACAUGAGCACAUGCUUCCAUAUGAGAUGCUUAAACACUUGGAGAGUUUGUAUGCUUCACAAGCUCAAACUAUGGAGUAUGAGAUACUUCGCGAUCUCUUCAAGUGCAAGCUUCAUGAUGGGGGCAAGGUUUCUGAGCAUGUGCUGAAAAUGAUUGGUUUGAUUGAGAGGUUAGCAUCGAUUGGAACGGUGCUUCCCGCAAAUGUCUCAACAAAUCUAAUUUUUCAGUCUCGUCCUAAUAGUUUUGAGAAUUUCAUUGUGAAUUUCAACAUGAACAACACGAAGGUUGGGCUGCCAGAGUUGCACAACAUGCUUAAGACUUAUGAGUCUUCCACUACUAAGGUCAAAUAUGUGCUCAUGGUGAGCUCUUCUGUGAAGUCUUCCAAAUGGAAGAAUAAGCAACAACAGAAGAAGAAAGCAUCUAAGGAUGUUGUUCUAAAGCCUAAGAGUGGAGGGGCUAAGAAGAAGUCGAAAUCAUCAAAGGAUGAGUGUCUUUUCCGUCAUGAGAAGGGAUAUUGGAAGAGAGACUGCCCAAAAUUCAAGGCACUUGGUGCAGAAAGUGAGAGCUCAGGGUCUAAGUGA